CAUUCAAACCACAUGUGCCAGAAUUGAAAAGAACUGCAAAGGAGACAAGCAGGAAGACCGAAGAGCCCUAUUUGUUGAGAAGGUCUGUGGGGCCCAGUCCUGUUUGCUUAGGGGAGAAGUGGCCCAGAGGCUGGAAUUUCCCCACCUCUGGAAUAAAGGACCUGAAUAAGAAGCAGAAUGUUAUCUGGACUUACACGGAAUUGACAUUCUGCAUUCCCUAGAUGCAGAGAUAUGCAACAAUAAAAGCUUUCCUCCUUAGUGCAGCUCUGUGCUGGAGGAAGUGACAUCUGUUGGAUUUCUGCCUGCUGUCACCAAGCUGUUAAAGAUACAGGGAAGGAGUGGUGAAAAAGAAGCCAUCUGCCCCUCUGGGGUGAGGGAUCCUAUCAGAGCAAUCAUGUCCAAACGGCACCUCUUCCUAGCAACCUUCAUUACCUUUCUCGCCAUACUUCCACCAACAUCUUCUGGUCACUGCCAACUGUUCCCCAGCUCUGUCUGCAGCAAGCAGACCACCUUUGUGCCUGGCCAUAACUUCAUCGGCGAGGGGGUAGACAUCACCACUCUGGAGAAAAAGGGAGCUUUUGUGGUCGACAGCAGCUCGUGGCAGGACCCAAAUGGGACAUGCACCCUAUGCCAGAACCCCUUGAUGGAUGGGCAGCUGCAGAAACUCCCCAUUGCUGCCGUGGACUGGCGAGUGCGUCGUUCGUGCCACCGGCAAGUGAGCGGUUCCGUGGAGAACUCGGAUGUGGAUGUUGCCAAUGCAAUGGCCACAGAGGUGAAGAAUGACUGGAAAGUAGAGCUGGGCUUGGCCACGGAGAUCAGUGACAGUGAAGCAGAGCCGAGGUUGCCUGAGGCCCAGAUGGCCUUUGCUGGAUCUCGAUCCCGGAUGGCUAUUUAUGCACAUGAGCAAUCCCAGAAGGACAGUUAUAGCUUUGUAAGGCAAGAGGUCUCCUGUGAAUACUACAGGCUGAGACUCCUCCAGAGACCCUCACUGCUGGCCUUCCACUUCUCCCAUGCUGUAGCCGGCCUGCCAAGGAAGAACGACCCGGAGGCAUACCAGCAUUUUAUCAACAUCUACGGCACCCACUAUAUCAGCCACGUGCAGCUGGGUGGGCGGGUGCGCCACCUGCUGGCUGUGCAGACUUGUAAAAUGGCCCUGUGGGGGUUCACAGCUUCCAUGAUCAAGCAAUGCUUGACCUUGGAGGCUUCUCUACAGUAUGCCAGGCUAUAUGGGUCCACUGCCCUGAGUUCCAAGUGUAAAGAGCUCCUGAGGGACCACACCAGUGGAAUCUUCCAUGAAAUCUAUGGCAAGCAGCUCACUGAAGUGGUGGGAGGAGACAAGCAGGUAGAGAUGCUGUUCUCAGGAGCUCAAGAUGUCCACCGCUUCUCAGAAUGGAUGGAGAGUGCCAAAUCAAAGCCUGGGUUGGUGGCCUAUUCCCUUCUACCCUUGCACUCCUUGAUGAACCAAACAGACCCAAGGAGGGAUUUGCUGAAGCAAGCCAUAGUGGGCCAUAUAAAGCAGAGGUCCCUAAGGAGGGACUGCCCACAAAAGUGCCCGCACUGGCACUCCCAGAGCUCAGAAGAUCACUGCAUAUGUCUGUGUGAGCCAGCCAUCAACACCAAGAUGUGCUGUGCUUCGGAAUGGGGCAAUGCCCACCUCAAAUUUUAUGUGCGCAGGGGUUCCAACCUGUGGGGCGACCACUUCUCAGCCACGGAUGCUUUUGUCAAAGUUCUCUUCCAAGGUCAGGAAAAGAGGACCAGGGUCAUCUACAACAAUAAUGACCCUAAUUGGUAUGAAACCUUGGACUUUGGGGCUGUCACUCUGGCAAGUCAAAACUCCUUUGAGGUGCAGCUCUGGGACAAAGAAGUCUUGCACGAUGACCUUUUGCAGAGCUGCUCUGAAAAGCUGGAGGCCAGGGCUAGUGCUGUCUGGCACAAGUGUUAUGCCCCUCAUGGACACUUUGAGUAUUAUUACUUGCUAGAGUGUGCCCACACUCUGGGUGGCCCCAGCUGUCAUGAUUAUGUCCCCUUACAGCUACCAGCAUCUUAUUUCAACUAGCUCACCCUCCCACACCCCAUUCAGUGCUUUGUUCUUGUUCCAUGUUUCAGGAUAUUAGGCUGAAGAAGACAGACAUAUAAAGUUGGGGGGGGGGACCUGGUAGCCCUACAGAUGUGCAAAAUAUGCAAUAUUAUGCAAAAUAUCAAUAUUAUGCAAAGUAUCAAUAUUAUAUUCAUUUGUUUUUCCAGCAGGAAAAAAUUAACUCAGAAAAAGCAAUGGGCAGUGGAGAAAGCAGGGGCAGACCCCACUUCAGGAAACAGUGGGUGCAGAAGGGAGUGGAAAUAGGUCAAAAAAUUGUGUACAUGGCCAGUAAUUGAGCAACAGGAGGGAGUAAAAUGUAAAAUUAGAGAGCGGAGCCACCAGGAAACAAUGACAACAAUCCUCCCCAGAGGAACGCCUACUUGUGUGAAUGGAAAACAAUGGAUUUAAAGCCACUAUUGAGCACAAAGUGUGGACCUUGCAAAUCUGUUACGACGGUAAAAGCAGUGUAUAUUGAGGAGGAUUCAGAUUGAUUCUGAACAAUCCUGACUGCCAUUUACUGUAAACAGGGGGCCAUGUAGACAAUAGUGAAUAGUGCUGCUGUAAUAGAGUGAAAAUGUGCCAAGGACACUGAUAUCGCAGGAACACAUAGAGGAGGAUGGAUGGUACAAGGGGCAGAGCAUCAUUGUAGCAUAGAAUAAUUGGAUGAAACUGUUGCCAUGAUCAUGAGGAAGGGUGGGGGUAUAUAUCUGUCUGUAACUGACCACCAUGGUUGAGUUGAGUUCUGCUAAGCACUUGGCUAAAUAAACAACCUUAAAUUAG